AUGCUGUCACCGAAACAAUUUGGAAAAACAAUGCCAUAUACACCAGCUUACUCGCAAGAUAUAGAAAAGGGUCUAUCAUCUCCCACAAAAAUAGCCAAAAGGAUUGUAUCUAGAAAACCAAGAUGGAUUAUAAGUACGAUAGUAUUGUUUGGAUUGGUUUUUUACUUUUAUGAAAGUGGACCACCUGGUAGACCACCACAUCACCAUCCGCCGCAUAGACAUGAUGACGAUGGACCUUGGGAAGACAAGCCGGGAUGGGGCUCAGGUGGAGCUUGGGAAGACGAUGACGAUGAUGAUGAAGAAGAUGAAAGGUUCAUCAAAGCGAAUCACGAUGAUCAUCAUAAACCAAAUGGAUGGAAAGAGUGGUUACCUAUAAUAGGUGGAGGAGGAUCGAAACCUUCGGAUGAGAAAGAUGGACCUAGUAGAACAAAACCCAAGUACGACUUUGUGAUUGACAGUAAUGGGGAUCAUUUCAUUACGAAUUGGGAACAACCAAUAGCCCCUUUACAUCCUGAUAUAUCACUUCUCACAUCUGCAAAAGAUUUACUAUCCGAUGUGGACGUUAAAUACUCUUCGGUACCUUAUGAGAUCGAAUUUCCAGAUACAGAUCUAAGAUCAAUCAUCUCACCACCUGUACCCAAUAAUGAUAUAGCUAGAAAUUUGAUACCGGAAGAUUCGUGGGCGAAAUUAUGGGAACCACCAGUAGAUUGGGAUGGACCAAAGGGCGAUAUUCAAAGAGUCCAAUGGUCAGGCUUCGCUGGUGGAAGAGAUAGAUGGGAAAGUAAAAAAGAGAGUAAAGUAAGAGAAGAAAGGAAAGAAGCCGUUAGAAGAGGUUUCAAACAUGCUUGGGAAGCUUACAAGAGGCAUGCUUGGGGCCACGACGAAGUCAGACCUGUCUCGCAAACGCCUUCGAAUCCCUUCAAUGGAUGGGGAGCAACCAUUGUCGACUCACUUGACACUCUCCUUUUAAUGGGUUUCUCCGAAGAGUACAAUCUAUGUCGACCACAUGUCAACCAAAUGAACUUCCACUGGGUCGGGGGACGAGAUUGGUCUUCUGGAUACGUGACUGAAGAUGAUGACGGUACAGGAGAAGUCUAUGCUUUGCCGCGAGAUCAUGGGGUUGCAUUAGGUGUCUUCGAAACUGGUAUCCGAUACUUGGGAGGUCUAUUAGGAGCAUACGAUUUAUCUGGAGAUCAACUUUUGAUCGAAAGAGCUGAAGAUUUGGCAAAUGUACUUGGACGAGCUUUUAACACCGUAUCUGGAUUACCUGCUGGACGAAUGGAUCCAGGUGCACCUGAAGAAGAAAUGAUUCAUCUAUCUACUGUAUCGGUAGCGGAAGUCGGUUCGAUGUCAUUGGAACUAAUCAGGUUGUCGCAAAUUACCGGAGAUAGAAAAUGGUUUGAUCUAGCACAAAGAGCUAUGGAUUAUUUGAAAGAAAGAGUCAUCCCACGUUCAACUCAAAUCCCUCUAAUUCCAAUGUGGUUCCAACCUGAUGCAAGUUUGAAUAACGUUCAAACUGGUGGAUUUACUUUCGGUGGUUUAGCAGAUUCAUAUUAUGAAUACUUAGUCAAAGCAUUCAAAUUAUUGGGUAAUUCACCUGUCGCUCAGAUUUGGAGAGAAGUUUAUGAAGAAUCAAUCGACAAAGCCAAAGAAAUCCUUUACAAAGAUAUAACAGUUGUGCCUGGAAGAGAAUUAUUUACUAUUGGUAAAUUCGAAAAUGGAAGAUUAAUCCAUGAAUUAGAACAUUUGACUUGUUUCGCAGGAGCAAUGUUAGGUUUAGGAGCUAAAUUAUUAGACAGACCAAAAGAUUUAGAAGAUGGAUUGAAAUUGACUCAAACUUGUUAUUGGUUAUCCGCAGAUACACCGACAGGAUUACAACCAGAAGUAAUGGAAUGGUAUCAACCUCAUGAAUCAGAAACGAUGUAUGUCAAUAUGACUUUGGAAGAAAAUGAGAUCUACAAACCACCUUUAAAGAAAGGUGAAUCACCAGAAGCUGGCUCCACACAUUCAGAUAUGAAUGGCUUGUUGAGAUGGAAUAUAGAUGGAUCAAUCGUUGAACCUCGUGAUCCUGUUGAUAAUCCUGUAAAAUACGUGAAGAAAUUAAGAGGUAAACCUACUGGAUCAAGGAGAGUUAAUGGAAGAGGUAUAAAUCGACCAGAGACUAUUGAAUCAAUCUUUUACAUGUACAGAUUAACAGGUGAUAGGAAAUGGCAAGAAAAAGGUUGGAAAAUGUUCGUUUCAUGGAUGGAAACUGCAAGGGUUGAUGGAGGAAUCUCAUCCGUUGAUGAUGUAACUAAAUCCAAAGAAAAUGUUAGAUUUGGUGAUAAUAUGGAAAGUUUCGCUUUGGCAGAGACUUUCAAAUACCACUUCUUACUUCAAUCUGAACCUGAUGUUCUAUCUUUAGACGAUUACGUUCUCAACACUGAAGCACAUCCAUUCUUGGUAAAUCCAAAACUUGAUCCUACGUCACCAACAUCCCACGUAAGGUUCUGGACACCUUCCUCUGACAAUGACUUGGGAGUGAGAGGUCAAGGUACCAACGUACAGAAAUACGCUCGAUUGACGAUUAUAGAUCGAGCAAGAGGUAUCCCAUCAUCUCCUCCACCUCACGCCGGUGGUGGAAAAGGUAUGGGAGGAGGCGGGGGUGAUCCUAAUAUAAGACCUCAACCGCCAUUUGGUGGAAGUGGAAAUAAUAAUAUGGGAAUGAAGAAGAUCAAAUUUGAUGAUCAAGAAAAUAAGAAUUAUCCUCACGAUUUCUAA